AUGGGCAAGAAAGGCAAGCCCUCGGCUGGAAAGGCCGCCGCAAAGGCAGCCAAGAAGGAGAAGGCCGAGAAGCAGGCCACGCGCAAGCUCACAAAACAAGUAGCAAAGCAAAAGACUCAGGUCAACGGGAAAUCUUCUUCGGGCAACACCAAACAGAACGGCAAGAAAGGCGCCGCAGCGGUCGACGACGAUGAAGAGGAUCUCGACGCGCUGCUAGCCAGAUAUAGGGAGCAGUGGGAGCAGGAGCAUGUCGUGUCCGAAGAGAAGGUGGGUGGGCCACCGUCUCGCCGAGCCAACGCAACGUUCACGCCCUGUCCGCUAGGCAACGAUCUGUACUUGUUCGGAGGCGAAUACUUCAACGGCGAGCGAGUAGCCUUCUAUCAGGACAUGUACCGAUACAUACCCGAAAGGAACGAGUGGCGCACGUACGCCUCCAAGAACCAGCCUGGUCCUCGAUCAGCGCAUCAAGUCGCCGCAACACCGGCUCAAGGCGGCAUGCUCUGGCUCUUUGGAGGCGAGUUCUCAGGCGCACGACAGAACGCAUUUCACCACUACCGCGAUCUCUGGGCGUUCAGUGUCGAAUCCAAAGCAUGGGAGCGUAUCGAUACCAAGCUUCGUCCCAGCGCCCGCAGUGGCCAUCGCAUGGCAUUUUGGAAGCACUACCUCGUCCUCUUUGGCGGCUUCAUCGACACGGGCGUCAAGACGCAAUACCUCAACGAUCUCUGGAUCUUUGAUACCCAGAAUACCUUCAAAUGGACCGAGAUCAAGCAGAACGACCUUCGUCGACCACCACCACGUUCCGGCUUCUCCUUUAUUCCUUGCCCGGAAGGCAUCGUCUUGUACGGCGGAUACUGCAAGAAGUAUGUCAAGGGGCAACGCACACAAGGUGUGGCACUCGAGGACACAUGGCUGCUGAAGAUGGACGAAGAUCUCACAAAACUCGACUGGGCGAAAAGGAGGAAAGUGGGAUACGCACCCAAUCCAGUUCGCAGUGGAUGCACCAUGGCGCUUUGGCAGUCGAAGAGCAUGGGAAUCUUGUUCGGAGGUGUAACAGAUACAGAAGCCGACGAAGAGACCAUGGAGAGUACUUUCCACAAGGAUCUCUACGGCUAUCAGCUUCCAGGUACAGGCAGGUGGAUCAGUCUCAAUCUCAAGCGACCCAAAAAGAAAGGCGGAGGAAGGAGGAAGAAGAAAACAAAUCCCGCACAGCAACAACUGCAACAGCAGCAGCAUUACAGAAACGACUCGGAUGACGAUGGCGACGAACAUGACUACGGCUCGGACAACGAUAACGGCGAUGAUGGAGCGCAAGACCUCACAGCUUCCACAGAGAAGCUACAGAUCGAGCCAACUCCCCCGCCGCCACCAUCACCAGAGGAGGAAGAGGAAGACGAUCCAGACGAUCCGCUCAAGACCGUCCCUCUCGAGCGGUACAACGUCAUGCUGGCCGUCCAGCGCAACGUCCUCUACGUCUACGGUGGCAUCUUUGAAGCCGGCAACCGCGAGUACACCCUGGAUGACUUUUACACCCUCGACCUGUCCAAACUGGACCGCUUCACGUGUCUCAAAGAGUGCCCUAUCGACGCGCUCGAAUGGGACGAGUCCGAGUCGGAGGACGAUUCCGACUCUGAUUCUGGUUCGGACUCGGACUCCUCUUCGUCUGAAUCGGAGGGUGAAGAGGGCGAUGAGAUCCCAGAAGGGUUCGAAUUCGAUUCGGACGACUCGGACGACGAAGAGGCGCGACGAGCAAAGAUGUCUGCGGCCGAGAAGGAUGCCCUUCGGGCCAAAGCGCAGGCGUUCAUGGGCGUGUCCUCCGACUCGGCGCGGACCGAGCAGGAAAUCAUGUCCACGCCUCAACCGGGCGAGAAGCUUCGCGCCUUCUACGAGCGCACCAAGCAGCACUGGGCAUCCACCGCACUCAUCGAGAGCGACGGCAAGCUGCGUGGCAAGGAGAUGCGCAAAAAAGGCUUCGCCCUCGCAGACCAACAGUAUCAGGAGUACAAGCCGAUCCUGGAGGAGAUCGAGAGGAUCCGGGCAGAGGCUGGAUUGGAUGAGAAGGAGGCAGCUGUCAACAAGGUCGGUGGAAUCGGCGCCGGUAGCACGGGUGUUGAUUCGAGGAAUCGACGCUGA